GCCGAAUGAAGUAGGCUGCGUCAGCGUUGCGGCCAAUAGCAAAACAACAUCACACAUCACCUGUGAGAUUUCUGAAACAAAAGUCGAACGACCGGCGGAGUAACAGGGUGCCGUGAAAACAAAAGCGCGUCCCUUGCUGCAAAAGUGUCGGCAACUAGAUUUGCGAUUUAUUUUUGCACCGGGUGUUUCGAAAUUGUCCAGUGAGAUUUUAAAUUUGUGUGUUCAAGUGUGAAGUGCUGGUUUGUUGAAUUCGGAAAUUCAGAUUUUUUGGAUUUAGUUUUAUGGGAAUUAUAAUCCAGGAACUCAUAGCUAUAUCCACCACUUAUCGGCAAUGAAGAUUAGAUGAACCUCGAGUAGUGAUGUCAAAAUGGCGGCCACAGAUGGUCAGAUCACCGUGGCGGCGGCCCGUUGGGCGGAAGAGGGCAGCUACUUGCGCGAGUUCGUCUCCAAGCACCGUUUACCGGCUGUCGUCAAGAUAAUCAAGGGUCAGUAUGGGGGGCUGGGGGUGCCCACCCUGCCCAGCCCCGGGCUGCAGUCGACGGCGAUGCUGGUGUCGGCGGGAAAGCGGCAGAAGAUCGUCGCCCAGGCGGUGAAGAUCAAGGAAGGUAGAAGAUUAGUGUGCGUGGGUCCGCGGCUGGUUAUCCCCGAAACGUACACCGGUUACUUCGAACUUCUCAGUGAGGAGGGGAGGGCUGUGCGCUGCGUCGAGAGUGUAAUCGAGUUGGCCAGGCGGAGACCCGAGGAGGGCUGCCUGGUGCGCGAGACGAUACGCGGGGUCCAAGCCAAGACUGAUUUAGACGGCUCGGUGGUCCCCGAGGGAGCGAGGACCGUCCCGGCAGGUGAGAUACUAGUCCCCACAGGCGAGGCCGUUCUACCAGGCUCCAAAGGCAGGUACCUCAAGUGCCUGGACUCGCGAGGCGACACCAUACUGCUGGGCCUGGAGCAGAGAGGAAAGUUCUCCAUCCUCGCCCGAGAGGAUAACAUCAGCGGCGUUCACACCGCUAAGAACUUGCUGAGCAAACGACUGCCUUUAACUGUUAGAUUAGUCCACGGAACAGCGCCGAGAGGCUUAAAAUCGCCGAGUCAUUUUGUGCCAGAGCUUAGGUUAUUGUCUAUUUUCGAAGAGGAGCACGUGUUCGCAUUACCCCUCCAAAAGGAAAGUCAAAGCGUGACGGCUCUUCCCUUGGCUGCGCCGCUAAAACUGCUGCGCACCCGCAACGAAGACCAAUUAAGGGAGAUGGUCGAGUUUAAUAGACUGGUCGAUAAAUGCACGAAAUUAGCGAGCGACGUAGCGGAUCGCAUUCAAGUAUUGGACGGCAAACUGGGCGAUUCGAAGAAGCAAUCGCCCACCCAGCCCACCGAGAUGAAGAACGGAUUCCUGCUGAGGCGAAGCGCGUCGUCCGACUCGGCCAACCACCGCACCAAACACUCCCAUCACAGGAGAGACGAAAAUCGGAUCCCCGUGCACUCGAAGGACUACGACGAGAUCGAUCAAAUCUACGAUUACGUGCGUGGAUUCGCGCCGCUGCCCAAGAACAUCCGGUCCCCCUUUUCGGACCCGUCUCCUUCCCUAACGUCUCACAGCUCCACACCCUCUCAUCCAGUCUCCGAUCUCGCCAAACCCGAACCCCCUCCCAUCGAAACCAUACCCACCAAAAAGCUGCAAGCUGAGAAAAGAAAUAGAAAAUCGACGAUUAAAGAUAACACAGCCAAAGUACACACGCACAACGAAAAGACCCCACCGGGGUUGCCGAAACUGUACGUUAAAAACGGGCAUUCGCAACGCAGUAGGCUUCUCAGGCAGAAGAGCGCUUCUCCGAUGAAAGAAACCCCGCCGAGUCCGAUGUCGAAGUCCGGCUCUCCCUUGUUUAACAUUCGCUACAAGUCCCUGAACAACCUUCAGCAGGCCAUGGAGUUGGACGGCACUUUGGACUCGAGCAACUCCGGGGGUCGCGCUUCCGGUGAUUCCGGUGGAGGGGCCAAGCAACCCGAGAAAAGAUCUCGGAAGUUGUCGAGGCCGAGAAGUCUGACGAACCUGGUUUGGGAGAUACGCGAGCACCCGGACAUUUCGAUGCCCAUCGUGGACAAGCCCAAGAAGAUCGUCGACCCAGCUGCCAUAGUCUACAAGAAGCACUCCAAGUACUCCAUAAGCGGGCAAAAUCAGCGCAGGGGCGCCGGUACCCUUUAUUUGUAA